UGUUACUCGAUUAUUAUAUUUUUAUUUUGAUAUAAUUAUAAAAAAGCGAAAUUGCUGUGAUUCUUCAUAUUGAUAAGUUGAUAAUUGGGACCGCAUUAUGGGGUCAAGUGAAGUGACUAAACUUCAGCAGCAUUUAGCUCUUCUCAAAGAAGAGUAUGGAAAGUUGCAGAGUCAUUGCGCUGAAGUCGAGCGAAAAUAUACGCUUGCGGCAGCAUCCGCUGGUGAUCUGAGUGAAACCAGUUUCAUCGCAAGGCUUCUCAUGACCGUGUCUUCUUUAUAUGGGCGAGACACAUAUUCAGAUAUUGUAAUAAAACUUCAGAGCAAAUUAGUUCCAGGUCAUAAGUUUGUUUUGAAUGCUCGCUCUGAUGAUUGGAAUGAGGAAGCCCUCAAGAAUUUAACAGAAUUAGACUGGUCAACUCUACCUGAUGAUGUUGGAUCAGCUCUUUUGAAGUGGCUGUAUACGGAUUUGGUAGAUCUCUCCCGUGGUGACUCAUUUGCAUUGCAACUAAUGAAGUCAGCGUCUGAUUUUAAGCUCCAUGGUCUGGUUGCAAAAUGUGAACAAGCACUUAUUGCAUCUGUUGGAGUAAGGACUUGUGUGAAAUUCUACUCAGCUGCCGAUGAAAUUGGUGCAUCUGCAUUAAAAGAACACUGCUCUGGUCUGAUAUCAGCUCACUGGGAUGAUUUAACAGGCGAAGAUUUCGCUCACAUGUCAUCCGCACUGCUGUAUCGCAUGCUGAAGAGUAAAACUUCUCAGCCGCUUCACGGCGCUGUUAGGCUGUUACGAGAAGACGUCGUGUUCCUCUGUCUUGUAGAAAACCACACAAAUUUGACAGAUAUAGUAAACGCGAUGUCAUCUCGAGGCGAGCUGCCACUGGAGCUCGCACUGCGUGGUCGCAGUGCAUCGAUCGCGACAACCUUACUGCAGCACUGCGCAGACCCUGACGCUCGUGGCCCGCGUGGUCGAACAUUACUGCAUAGGGCGGUCGAUGCCAGAGACGCUUUCUCCGCUAAAUUUUUAAUCGAUAAUGGAGCCGAUCCCAGCCUCACUACGAAAGAGGAAGGUGAUACAGUUCUUCACCUGAUAGCAGCUCUUACUUCGAGUUCUUGCGAUCCAGAAACAAUGGAACAAAUGGUUGAAAUCGCAGAAACUGCAGUAAACAAGGGUGCGGACAUAAAUAGGCAAAAUAGAAAAGGAUACACACCACUUCAUCAAGCUGUAAUAGCCAGAAAUCAAAGAAUAUUCGACAUACUACUAAGCCAACAAACUCUAGAUACUAACCUAAGAACUAUAUCAGAUGAACAUCCUCCCUUGUACUACGCCCUUGUAGACGACAGAAGAGCCUCCAUAUCCUCUAGUGAAACCUUAGUCAUGAAUGGCUCAAAUCCAUUUGAUACUCCCGUUACAAAUAAAAACGCUUUCGCCGAAGACCCGGUGGAAGGGAAGUCUGAAAACAUCGUUGAGAGAGGUUUUGCAGCAAAGCUAUUAGAAAAGGGUUGUCAGCCGAACCCAUUAUAUUCUGGAUCUGGAGAUAGUUUAUUGCAUAUCUUGGCACAAGGAUGGUUUGAGGAUUCAGCUGUAUUUCUAACAUCGCACCUAAAUGGUGACCUGAAUCACGGCAACGAAGCUGGAUUAAGCGCUUUACAUGCGGCCUGUGUAAAUGGUCUAACACGUUUGACUGCCACUUUGUUAGAACACGGUGCCAGACCAAAUCUUCAGACAGCAUAUGGAGAACACGAAGAUACAGUAUACAGACAAACUCCUCUUCACCUUGCCGUGUUAAACAAUCACGAAGGAUCAGUAACAGCAAUCAUAGAACACAAAAAACUAGUGGAGAAAGGUGACCUGCCAGCCACCGACCGUUCUAAUGUAAGCCUUGUACCAAACCUGAAUCUGAAGAACUCUGAAGGCGACACGCCCGUCAGCCUUGCACUCACUGAAGGUCACAAGCAUCUAGUUGCGCCCCUGAUCGAGGGUGGGGCGGAUCCAAAUAUACGUAAUGGAAAAGGAUUUACGUUAUUACACCAAGCCAUCGUGGAGGAAGAUUCGCGGACUGCCAUCUUCUUAUUAGAUCAUGGAGCUGAUAUGAACGCACUGACCGACGCCGGCGAGACGCCCCUCCAGCUGGCGAUCCACUGCCGCCUGGGGCUGGUGGUGGAGGCGCUGUGCGUGCGCGGCGUCGACAUGAGCCGCCUCGACGCGCACGGCGUGCCGCCGCUGUGGGCUGCGCUCGACUCCGGCCAGGAGGAGGUGGCCAGUAUUUUAGUACGUAAUGGUGCCGAUGCCGACUGCUGGGGACCGGGUCCCGAUGGAUGCUUACAAACUUUAUUACACAAGGCAAUAGAUGAGAAUAAGGAGACCUUGGCCACAUUUCUCAUCCGAUCUGGAUGUGAUGUCGAAAGUCCUAGGAAGACGGGACCUAACGGUGAGGGCGCUGAAGUUUCAGCCGAUAAGCAGGCCCCGUUACACCUCUGUUGCACGUGGGGUCUCACGGAAGUUAUUCAGACACUUCUAGAACACGGAGCAAACAUAAAUUCUAAAGACGCAGAAGGGAAAACCCCGCUUCACAUUGCAAUAGAAAACCAACACGCAGCAAUCAUUUCUCUCUUGCUAUCUCAACCGGGCAUCGAUUUAUCGGCGAGAGACAACAAGGGAGUCACGCCUUUCGCAGCCGCUCUCACUGCAAGGAACAACAAAGCGGCUCAAGCUAUCCUAGAAAAGAAUCCUUCUGCUGCAGAACAGGUGGAUAAGAAAGGCCGUAACUUCCUUCACGUCGCCAUCCAAACAUGUGACAUGGAGAGUGUUAUGUUCCUGAUGUCCGUUAAAGUGGAUGUUAACUCGCGGGUCCAGGACGCUACGCUAGCGCCACCGUUGCACCUGGCGGCGGCAGUCGGAAACGAAGUCUUACUGCGGAGUCUGUUGUUAGCCGGCGCUCGACCGAAUGACAGGGAUGCACACAAACGCACGGCGCUGCACGUGGCGGCGGCGCACGGGCAGGCGGGCAUCGUGUGCGCGCUGGCGGGCGACGGCGCGGAGUGCGGCGCCGUGGACGCGGGCGGCGACAGCGCGCUGCACGUGGCCGCGCGCGAGGGGCACGCCGCCGCCGCGCGCGCGCUGCUCGCCGACACCGACAUCGACGCCGCCGCCACCAACCUCAAGGGUCGCAACCCGCUCCAUGAACUCUGCUGGUGCAAGAAAGACAACGCUGCCACAAUCUGUGAAAUUUUCCUAGAAUUUAUGCCAGACUAUCCCAUUAAUAGAACGGAUUUACAGGGGAACACGGCCUUGCUGCUGGCGUACAUGAACGGCCAGGGCUCGCUGUGCCGCGUACUCGUGCGCGCCGGCGCCUGUCUGGCGCACGAGAACAAGGAUGGUAUCUCCAUAUUUAACUAUCAGGUCGCUACGAAGCAGCUAUUGCACCGGCUGCUGGAUGCACUGCCGGCGGAGGCACCGUGGGCCGAGAGCGAUCUGUGCCAGGAAUGCGGCACGAAGUUCACACUCACUAUGCGAAAACACCAUUGCCGUCACUGCGGAAGGAUGUUAUGUAACAAGUGUUCUAGCCAAGAUAUUCCUAUACUCAAAUUUGGAAUGAACAAACCGCAGCGAGUUUGUGAAAUAUGUUUUAACGUCUUACAAGUCGGCGCCAGUUAGUUAAUAUGUUAUUUAAUUAUACUAUAAAGUGUGAUAAGUUAUUUGAUACUAUGAAAUUAGAUAUGGCUUUUUUACAUUGUUUAAAAAUUAUUUAUAGAAUGUAAAUUACUAAAAUAUCCUCAUGAGGGUAGAGCAAGGUUUUGUAUUUUAAGAAUUGCAUUUCUGAACGAUGCUUAAAGUCCAUGUAUUAUAUUUAUUUUUAGAGAUCUCGAUAAUUAAAAAUAGAGAGCCUUUAGAUGUUUUUUCCAUUAUUAUCUAUUUACACUUUUAUCACAAUGCAAACAAUGUUUGCUUAAAUACAAUCAUUUACAUA